AGCGAGUGGACUGCCCUCUCUGUGUGCCCCGUGAAUCAGUCAGUCAGUCCCCGGGCAUUGGUGAGGUCUGUAAGCCACGGUGUCUCAUAACAACUAAGACCAAACGACCCCGGCCUGUCCCUCCUUCCCUCUCUCGGUCACUCACUCACUCGCUCCCUCGUUUUGGACACCACCGGGAAAGAAGGAAAACGAAGACAAACCACCCAACCAACCCGACCAACCGAGUGACCUUCGCCCAAGAGCAGUCACCACGAAUCGUCCGUCACCAAGACAACAAACGCCAUGAGCCAGCAGUUGGUGACACGGGCGUGGGUGGGUGGCAAGUGGGUGAUGGGGCGGGGCGGCACCUUCCCCGUCAUGGACCCAGCCACAGGGGACGAGAUAGCGAAGGUAGCGGACUGUACCGUGGAGGAUGUCAACGCCGCUAUCGAGGCGGCGGCGGCGGCGUUCGAGGCAUGGAGGCGGCGGGAGGUGAAGGAGCGCGCCGCAAUCCUACUGAAGGUGCGGGAUUGCCUACUGCAGGACAAGGAGUACAUCGCCACCAUCCUCAGCAGGGAGAAUGGCAAGCCGUUCGCGGAGGCUGCCGGGGAGGUUGGGUUCGCGGCGUCCUUCUUCGAGUGGUUCGCAGAAGAGUCGCGGAGGCAGUACGGCGAAACCAUUCCCAGUCCCGUCUCCUCCAAGCGGAUGAUCACCAUAAGGCAGCCCGUGGGAGUGGCCGCGCUCAUAACACCAUGGAACUUUCCCAUCGGUAUGAUUGGACGCAAGGUUGCCGCUGCCCUCGCUGCCGGCUGCACCUGUGUCGUCAAGCCGGCUGAGGACACGCCACUCACCGCCCUGCUCUUUGCUAAGGCGUGUGAGAGGGCGGGCGUGCCAGCCGGGGCGGUGAACGUGGUGCCGUGUUCCAGGGAGAGGGUGCAGGAGGUCGGGGCGGCCCUGUGUGACUCCCCUCGCGUCCAGGCCCUCUCCUUCACUGGCUCCACUGCUGUCGGCCAGUGGCUGUACUCCCGGUGCGGCCCAUCCAUCAAGAAGCUGUCCCUGGAACUUGGAGGCGACGCACCCUUCAUCGUCUUCCCCUCGGCUGAACUCACACGUGCCGUCGAGGGUCUAAUGGCCGCAAAGUUCCGCAACACUGGCCAGACCUGCGUGACGGCCAACCGCAUCUUCGUGCAUGAGUCAAUCCACGACGAGUUUGUGUCUCGCUACGCUGCCGCCAUGGACGCCGAGCUGAAGACCGGCUGUGGACUGGACAAGGGCAUCAACCAGGGGCCCAUUAUCAACAAGCGUCAGUUCGAUCGCCUCGUUAAGAUGGUAAACGACUCUGUAAAGGCUGGAGCUAAGACAGUACGAGGCGGCCUGACAGCUGGCGGGCUCUUCUACACCCCCACGCUGCUCACAGGGGUCACCAUGGACAUGCCCGUGGCGACUAACGAGAUCUUCGGCCCAGUCGCUGCCAUCAUCAAGUUCCAGACUGAGGAGGAAGUGAUCAGGCUGGCCAACACGACUGACAGAGGACUGGCAGGUUACUUCUACUCCAACGAUGUGAGUCAGGUGUGGCGCGUGGCUGAGGCGCUGGAGGUGGGCAUGGUGGGCGUGAACGAGCCGAUGAUAUCCACUUGCGAGGCGCCGUUCGGGGGUGUCAAGACAUCAGGCCUGGGCAAGGAGGGCUCCAAGCACGGCCUUGACGAGUACACACACCUCAAGUACAUCUGCUUUGGCAUCUAGGCGUCAUGAAGGGAGGAAGGGAGGGAGGGAGACGAUGUUCCCACCAAUAAAAUAUGAUGCUCUAUUUUGGUGUUAUAUUUUGUGGGGUGUUGCAGAAGCCUCACCGUCUCUACAAUUGGGGCCCCUACAAUCAAGACCCCUUCCCUCUGCAACCCUACAAUCUGGCCCCCUACAAUCGCUAGCCUGACAAUCAAGAUCCCUUCACUCAUCAUUCCAACAAUCAGCCUUCCUGCACCCAUACGAUCGCUGCCUCUUCAAUCACAAUCCCUACAACUAAUCUUCCUACAAUCAGCCUUCCUACAAUCGCUACCCAUACAAUUGCUGUCCCUACAAUCAAGAUCCCUUCACUCCUCAUUCCAACAAUUAGCCGUCCUACAAUUGCCACCCAUACGAUCGCUGUCCCAUACAAUCAUAUGAAUGUUGGGUAGAUGAAACAUGAGCUUGACCCUACAGAUGACCCAUUGAAAGUCAGGCCAUAUUAUCAUCACCCCUUGUAAUGGAAAAAAAGGAAUGAUACAAUAAAUAGCAUACUUUGUCA